AUGUUGUUGUGUAUUGAUAAACAAAGUCGCACCGGAAGUCGUGGCAUCCGGAAGCGGAAGUGCUCCCCCAGCCGGUCCGUUUCUGGUCCUGGUGGCUGUUUGGCGGUUGUGGGCUGCGUGCCGCGUUACUUGCUGACCUCCCGGGGUCUCCGCGGCCGUCGCUGGCCUCCGAGUGAGCCGGGGUCAGAGCUGCGCUUCUCGGAGCGUCUCCAGGUCCGUUUUCGGGGCGAGUCCGCGCGGACGGAAGAGGGUGUGUGUGUCCUCCCCGCGGAGUCGCCGGUGAGCCGGGGAGAGUUGGGGGUGGGGUCCCCGCGGGUCCUUCCCCUGGUCCGCACGUCCAGCUCCUCCGUGGACUCUGUCCACUCCCGCCCCUGUGUGCGCGUGUCCGCAGAGGUCAGCGGUGUCCCCCAGGAACCCUUGUUCCUGGAGGACGUAGUCAUUCUUUUCAAGCAGGAAGAGUGGGCCUUGCUGAACGAUGCUCAGAAGAAUCUCUAUAGGGAUCUGAUGAUGGAAACUUUGAAAAACCUGGACUUCAUAGGUAAAAAUCGCAUUUCACACAAAAGACUGCACACAGGAGAGAGACUUUAUAAAUGUCAGGACUGUGGGAAAACAUUUUCUAAUGGCGGUCACUUCACCGCACAUAGAAGAAUUCACGCAGGACAGGCGUCUUACGAAUGUCAGGACUGUGGGGAAACGUUUUCACUGUGGGGUUUUUUGCGGGAACAUAGAAAAACGCACACAGCGGGGACACCCAAUAAAUGCGAAGAAUGUGGAAAAGCCUUCUGUAACACAUCUACCCUACGUAAGCAUAGAAACAUUCACACAGCAGAGAGACCUUACGAAUGCAAGGAAUGUGGGAAAACCUUUCAUGCCCCUGUCCCGAAUCCCCUCGCGCUCCGUGUCCCUGCCUGUGCCCGGGACUCCCAACCCCCGGGCCUGGGCGGCCGCCGCUCCCCUGAAAACGUCGGGCUCAGCGGCUCCAGGACACGCAGGGCACGUGGUUUGUCGGGUGAAAUCGCGGGGCCGGAGAGGGUGGUGGUCAUCGUGAGCCUGCGUCCUCGGGGAGACUGUGUGUGCCGGUGA